AUGCUAAAGCAACUACUUCAAGGGCAAGCUGAUGGGGUAGUGGACACAAGCAAGAAGCUAGCUGAAAUAAACUCUAAGAUCGAGAACCUCAACACAAGGGUUUACUCUCUGGAGAAUCAUGCUUCUUCUGUUGCUGCUGCUACAAAGCAAGGACAACUACCUGGUAAAGCUAUUCAGAACCCCAAGGAACAGUGCAAGGUCAUCUUCACUCAAGAAGGACUUGUUGAAGAAGAGGAUCAAGAAAGGGUCAUUGAAGAUUUUUGUUUACUGCUGAAUGAUGAAGAGAUUGUUGCUGCUGAGGCUCCUGGAGUCCAGAUUGAUCAACCAGAAGUGCAGGCACCUACUGUGGCCAUUCACACUUCACCAGUUGAGCUCGCACAACAAGCUCGAUCGGCAGCUCGAUCGAGUCCAACUCUAGCUCGAUCGAGUCCGACCUCUCUGUCCAAACCUGUUUUGCUUGAUCCUUACCAACCGGUUGCCGCUUCCUCGUCUCGCCUACUUAGUCAAGGUCACAAGGAAGUGAUUCACAAGUUCAGAAGAGAUCUCAGUGGGAUUGGAAUUGAGUUGCCUCCUAUGGAUAGCAUGAGUGAGGCAUUUGAUCAAAUGCAAAUGGUCAAGGAUGUUCUAGCCAACAGUGAUAAAGUUUCAGAGGUCCUACAAGAGUCUACUCAUCAGUUCAACCUGCUUACUUCACCCACCUUCCUACCAAAGGUCAAGGAUCAAGGGAAAUUCACUCUCCCUUGCACACUUGGGCAUCUUGAGAUUGACAAUGCCUUAGUGGAUUCUGGAGCAAGCAUCAAUCUGAUCUCUCUCUCCAUGGCAGAGAAGCUAGGCAUUGCUGGAGCCUUGCAGCGCCCUACUACUUCAAUCAUGUUUGGAGAUGCAACUUCUAAGUCUCCUCUUGGAGUGUUCAAGAACUAUCACUUGAAAAUUGGAGAAUGCAUCAUCCAAACUGAUCUCACUGUGAUGGAAAUGGAAGAAGAGAAGGAUUUGCCUCUGUUAUUGGGAACCCCUUUCCUUAGUACAGUUGGCGCUUCAAUAGACUUUCACAAGCAAGAAGUGAUCCUUCACAAGGUGAAUAGUUUGGUGUCAUAUCGCUUGCAGCCUAGAGGUUCAGACUUUUGUGCCACAAUUGACAGUACCACUCUCAGUUCUAAGAGUCAUGGAGCUACAAAGGUUGUGAAGGAAAGGGUUGACAAAGAACCAAGAGUUGGGAAGGAUAAGGAUGAGAGAGGACCAAGGAUUGAGAAGCCACGUCUUGAGAGGGCUAGAGUUGAGAAACCACGUUCUGAUAGACCAGAGCUGAUAGACUUGUUCAAGCCCCUUGUGUGCUUGAUGAAGAGAGCCUUCAAGCUUUGUUUGAUGAGCCACUAG